UCAUUCACAAACCAUGUUAUUGUUAUCUUAGAGCAAUAUAAAUGGAAGGAAUUACAAAGCAGUUUAGCUAGUUCUUUUGAACUUAAUUGGAAAACAGAAGUUUUUGCUUUAUUUGAUAUUGAUAUUUUCAGGUUCUCAAAUUGGGUAUAAUGGGUGUACCAUUAGAACAGCCUGCAGAUGUUGUAAUGAAAAAUGCUGACAGUCCCAGUGAAGGUGAGAGUGUGGACUCGAAGAAAGAUGUUGAUCUUCUCACAAUCCAGGAUAUCAGAGAUCAUGCUCGUCAGAUUGAAAAAGCAGUUCAGAGUAAAGAGCCAAGAUUCAUUCUGAGAGUGCUACGCUCCUUGCCGAACACGAGAAGGAAGCUGAACCCAGCUGUGCUUCGAGGAAUUAUUACUGGCUUCUACACCCACUCCACUGCUGAGCGUGAUGCCCUCAUGGCAUUUGUUGAUGAAUGUAUGGAGACAGAUGCCAGCACUGGUCAAAGAAUGCGUAGCAGCAAAAGCUCAAGUACACCAUUGUUGCCGGAAGUAGAUGCAUAUAUUAAUUUGCUCGUUCUGCUAAAGCUGAUUGAUGGGGAGAAGUUCAAAGAAGCUGUCGAAUGCUCUAAUGCACUGAUGCAAAAGGUAACUGUGCAGAAUCGUCGUACACUUGACUUGAUGGUGGCAAAAUGUUAUUUCUACCAUUCUAGAAGCUAUGAGCUUACAAACCAACUGGAAAAGAUAAGGGGUUUCCUUCAUUCGCGUCUACGCACUGCCACUUUGAGGAAUGAUUACGAGGGCCAAGGGGUGCUCAUUAAUUGCCUACUGCGAAAUUACUUGCACUACAGCCUGUACGAUCAAGCUGACAAACUGGUCUCUAAGUCUGUGUUCCCAGAGACUGCUAGCAACAACGAGUGGGCACGUUUUUUCUAUUAUCUUGGCAGGAUAAAGGCUGCACGUCUAGAAUAUUCUGCAGCUCACAAGCAUUUGGUUCAAGCUUUGCGCAAGGCACCUCAGACUGCUGCUGUUGGCUUCCGCCAGACGGUGCAGAAACUAGCAGUAACCGUGGAGCUGCUGUUGGGUGACAUCCCGGAAAGGCAGAUAUUCAGACAGGCACCACUACGCAGAUCACUGGCUCCAUACUUUCAGCUUACUCAAGCCGUACGCAUGGGCAACCUACAGCGCUUUGGCGAGGUUCUGGAAAAUUAUGGACCACAAUUUCGCAUCGAUCAUACCUUCACCCUUAUCUUGCGGCUCAGACAUAACGUUAUAAAAACUGCAAUUCGUUCUGUGGGAUUGUCGUACUCUCGUAUAGCCCCUGCAGACAUCGCUGGUAAGCUUGGCCUGGAUUCUCCAGAAGAUGCAGAGUUCAUUGUGGCAAAAGCGAUUCGGGAUGGUGUCAUUGAAGCAACUCUUGACCCAGAGAGAGGAUACAUGCGUAGCAAAGAGACCACUGACAUCUACUGUACACGUGAACCACAGUUGGCGUUUCACCAGCGCAUUUCAUUUUGUCUGGACUUGCAUAACCAAAGUGUGAAAGCAAUGCGUUAUCCACCUAAGUCGUAUGGAAAGGAUCUGGAAUCUGCAGAAGAAAGACGAGAGCGUGAGCAGCAAGACAUGGAAUUGGCCAAAGAGAUGGCUGAGGAUGAUGAUGAUGGUUUCCCAUAAUUCAAAAUCUUAUAAAACACUUUCAUACCAAUUUUUUUUGUGUUUGUUUUGGGUGCUUAAAUCCUUUAUCAUGACUGUUUACACUAUAACAAUUAAUAAUAAAAAAAACUGGCACAAUGUUAACUAAGACAGACAUAUAAAGACAAUAGUUUCAUGCUCAUGUCAUAGUUGUGAGUAAAAGUUCCCUGCCCAUGUGAACUAAAUCUUUUUUAUGUAGUGCUGAGAAGUUCAACUGCUGACAUCGUAAGUUAAUAUUGUAUCUAGUUAAUUGGUCUAUAAUUAAGAUAAGUACCAUUGUAUCAUAAUAAUAAAUAUGCCUUCAUUCUUUAUUGUUA